GUCGCUAAAUUUGUCGAACGGCUGUUUCGCUCUUUCGACAAGUCGUGUUUUCCGUGUCGGCAUGGUGGAUUCCCAGUGCUACAUAAUUAAGUUGAGUUCAUCCGUUUGACAAAGGCACUACGUGUUUUUUACACACCCGUUUAUCCAAAAACUCAAGAUUCCGCCAAAAACCUCUAACCAGCCCAAAGGGUGGCUUCCUAAGGGUUGUAAGAUAGACGAAGCUUCCCCAGCUAGACUGAGCGAGGUCCUUCCUUACAAUUGGAAAAUCUUCUUGAACGGGGAACCGCCCUGGUGCUGCUAGCUGACCGACACAUUCUGACCAUCUACCCGCUUAACUAAACGAAAACACAUAAACCUGUCCAAGCCUGAGCACGGGCUGCCUCCUUGCUUACUACGUACAACUUUACUUAUAUUUAACAAUAACAUCUCUAUAUUAAACGGUACAAAAUGAAAUACAAUAACAUUAACGAAGAACGCGUACACGUCCUCGAUGCCGAAACCAACGUUUGGUCGGUGAUCAAAGACAUCGCAACCCUGGAUCAAGAAGAUGCGUUUUAUGUUUGCGACAUCGGAGACAUCGUUCGCAAGCAUAAAAUUUGGAAAGCCACGUUACCUAGAGUCAUUCCACACUACGCCGUCAAAUGUAACGAUAGCCUAACCGUCUUGGAAGUGCUCGCUGAAUUGGGUACGAGCUUCGACUGUGCAUCCAAGGCGGAAAUCAUAAAGGUGAUGUCCUUGGGCGUUGACGCCAAGCGCAUCAUUUUCGCGAAUCCGGCCAAGAUGAAGAGCCACAUUAAAUACGCCGCUGAAGUGGGAGUCCACACAAUGACAUUCGAUAACGAACUAGAACUGGAAAAGGUCAAAUUAUAUCAUCCCGAUGCCAAAAUGGUAAUCCGCAUCCGUUGCGACGCCGCCGAAGCCCAAUGCCCAUUGGGCAUGAAGUUCGGUUGCGACCCCGUUACCGAGGCGCCAGCGCUGCUGCGCAAAGCAAAAAGCCUUGGCGUCAACGUCAUUGGGGUCAGCUUCCACGUCGGAUCCGGAUGUCGUGAACCGGCCGUUUUCAGCCGGGCCAUUGCCGCGUCCAAGGGAGUUUUCGAAGUCGCCCAGAGCAUCGGUUUCCAAUUCAAUCUGUUGGAUAUUGGCGGCGGAUACCCUGGCGGUAAAUACUCGUCCAUCGACGAGAUCGCCAAUAUCAUCAACAACGCAUUGGACCAUUACUUUCCGGAUCCGGAAAUACAGGUGAUUGCGGAACCAGGUCGUUUCUAUGUCAGCUCCGCCUACACUUUGGCCUGCAACAUUCAUUCCAUUAGAAACGUCAGCAGCAUUUCCAGCACUGGCGAAGUGGUCGAUCGUCGCAUGUAUUACAUCAAUGACGGCGUCUACGGUAGUUUCAAUUGCAUUUUGUACGACCACCAAGUUGUUGUACCGAAGACAUUGAAGGAGUACGACACACCGUUAUACAUGAGCAGCAUCUGGGGACCAACUUGCGACGGACUGGACCAAGUCGUCGAACAAAUCUUGCUUCCGGAUAUGAAGGAAGGUGAUUGGCUGGUGUUCGAAGACAUGGGGGCUUACACGUUGCCUGUGGCUAGUCCCUUCAACGGUUUUCCAAUUCCCAGGGUCCACGUUGUCGCACACAAGAACAUCCUGAUGCUCUUCAAAGAUUUGAUGCCAUUAACUGACGAACACUUCGACAUGGGUACCAUUCCGUAUUUGAAUUGUAAUUGUUUGAUGAAGGUCGGCGUUGAUUUUACUUUCAAUCCAAUGUCCAACUGACUCUACGACAACGGUCUUUACAAUCUUGAUUUACCGACAACUCUGCAUUCUUUUACAAGAGACCACUUAUUUUUUGUUCCAAUAUUUUCUAUAUUGUUAAAUUUUAAAAUUUGUAUAUGUAAUAUUUUAGAAGACAUAGUUUUUGAAAUUUUACUUUUUGUAUACAAAAUACUAGAGAUGUAUUUGUUAAAUGUAAACAUAAAUUUGGGGUUUAAACCGCGAAUAUUCAAUGUUAUUUGUACGUGAUCUUAACUGAUCAUAGAGUGAAUGGCAUUCAAUAUUCACAGUUUAUAACUUUAAACGUAUGAGCAAGGGGGCAGCUUAUAGCUUAUCAAUUUGAAACCAUUGUACUAAUAUGUAUCAUUCUAGUUUAACAUAAUAUAUAUUUAAUUGUAUAGCAUGCUAUACUAGGAUGCUAAUAUUAUAUAUUUUUGAUGUUUAGUGCAUGCUAAUAUACUAAAAAAUGUA